AUGGGGUACGACGUGGAGCGUUUUGUGGGUUAUGUGAACGAGGGGCUUCUGUGUUGCGUGUGUCGGGACGUGUUGGAGGAUCCGCUCCAGGCACCGUGCGAACACGCCUUCUGCUCCACCUGCAUCCAGGGCUGGCUAAUAAACCACAACAACUGCCCAGAGGACAGGCUACCCCUGGACAUCACACACUUACGGCCACUCUUCAGGUACAUGAGGAAUGAUUUGGCAAGACUGCAGGUCAGGUGUGUGUUUCGCCCACAGGGUUGUGAGGUCAUCUGUUCUUUAGAGACUAUACACCGACAUGAAGAGCAGUGUGACUACGCCCUGCUAAACUGCACUAAUGCAGGUGGAGAGUACUUGUGUUACCACUGUGGUUGCCCUGUACAAGUAUCCAGGCGGUCUCUGGAGGCUCACCUGUGCGUGUGCGAGUUCCGGAGCAGGGUCUGUGCGAGCGGCUGCGGGUGUCCGCUCCUCAACUCAGAGGAGGCGCAACACAACUGCGUCUCCGAGCUACGCGCGGAACUCGAAGUGCUCAGGGCAGAGCUCGACUGUAAGGUAGAGGAAGUGAGACGUGAGAUGGAGUCCAGACUGGACUCUCAGAGGAGACACAUGGUACAGAAAGAGAGUCAACUGAAGAGUGAGGUAGAGGAACUCAAGGGCCAGCUGUCUCGGGUUAUGUCAGAUGUGCGAAUCUUACUGAGCGCGGAGCGAACACGCAGACAGGAGCUGGAGAGGGCGGAGCUUGAGAAGGCGGAGCUUCUGGAACUUUUAAAAAGAGAGGGUCUUAGACCGUCCACGCCCACCCAGCCGGCCGCGCCCACGGCGGAGGUGCACCGUAAACCCAGCCCACGGAGUCUUGCUCUGGACUGCAUCAAAAGGAAGAGCAGGGAGGUUACUGUAAUCUGA